GCGAUUUUUUACUCUAAACCUGAAGGCAAAAAUUUUUACUUUUCUUAACCUACACUUUUCGAUAUCUCCCGCAUCGACGCCUGUAUCCAGCUCUUAGCGUAAGUGGGGCCUGCUGCAAGCCGACCAUGUCCAGCACCACCAUGCCUGCUGGGCCAGCGCAGAAGUCGGCCAAUCCUUCAAUGAUGUCUGGCCCGUGCUCUUUGUGCUCCAGCGCUGCACAUCACCUUGUUUGGACGCGUCUCGGUGACGGUGUUUACAAUACAAGGUCGCAAAAGGCCGUCCCCAUCUGGCUAAACCCGGUGUAUUCAUCUCGCGCUCCCCCUUUCUUCUCCAUAUCCAGUCUGUUUUUAUCCAGCUCUGCCACGCCGUAUAUUGUCUAUUUUUUUCGCAACCUUAUUACUCUUACCAGCUGUAGAAAAACGAGGGGCCAUUUCAACACAUGGGAAACACGCAGAGCAACCUCCCGGUUUACUACAACGCCGACCCGACCAACACGGCGUACCUGCAUUCGCUGAGCAAGUUCGUUGACCUUGCCAGCGAGUCGGUGGGCGGAGUCGUGGUCCAGGCCAGCAACGAGCGGUUCGGCGCCGCCAAGAACCUGGUGAAGACUCGUGCAGCCACUAGCAAGGCCGAGCGCAAGAGCGGCAGCAACGGUGACGCGUGGGUGACGCGGCGUCACAAUCCCGAGACGGACUGGGCGAUCAUCCGGCUGGGCUCGGCUGGCACAAUUGCUGGGUUCGACAUUGACACAACAGGGCUUGACGGCGAGCAGGCGUACAAGGUGUCUAUCCAGGCAUGCCUGGCCAGUGAGGACGCUGUGGCUGACGACCAAGGAGACCUGGGCGUCGAGUGGGACGAGCUGCUGCCGAUUGUCGAGGUGAAGGCUGACUCGCACCACCUGCUGGCGCUGUGGGCGGAGACGCAGGCUGUGUACAGCCACGUGCGGCUGACUCUGCAUCCGGAUGGCGGUGUGUCGCGGCUCCGCGUAUUUGGCACCGUCGCAGCGGGCGCGGCAGGCGAGGGCGAGGCGGACCUGGCCUCAGUCAACAAUGGCGCGCGCGUGGUGAGCGCCAGCAACGACAAGCUGGGUGCCAAGGAGAACCUGAUUCUGCCGGGCCGCUCGUCGGCAGCUCAGCCCGAGACGCAGGGCUGGAAGACGGCGCGCAGCCGCAGCUCCACGCACAGCGACUGGGCCCCUGGGUUCCUGACACGCAUUGAGAUCGACACGCACCUGUACGAUGGGGACCAGCCCGCGUGCUACACGCAGGCGGAGAACCCUGAGCAGGACACCGAGUGCUUCUGCUCAAUGGCAACGGACCUGCACUCGUUCGAUGUAUCGCUCAAUGACGUGCCGUUCUCUCACAUCAAGCUGAUCAUCCACCCAGAUGGUGGCGUCAGCCGUCUGCGUGCCUACGGCCAGCGUGUCGCCGAGAUCGAGGAGGAGGCUGCCCGCGAAGAAGCCGAGGCGGCUGCUGAGGCUGAGGUUGCUGCCCAGGCUGGCCUUGACGCCGAUACCCCCACUGAGGCUGCCGGCACCCCUGCCGAGCCCGAUACCGAGAGCAAGGAUGAGGGUGAGGACAACGCUGAGGCUGAGGUAUCUGCGUUUGUUGUCAUCGAUAAGGAGCAGGAGCAGGACGAAGUAGAGGAGGAGCAAACGGAGGAGGAGCCAGUGAAGCAAGUCAUCCCCAAGGCACCCGCCACGCCGUCUCCGCGCAAAAAGUCCAGGGCCAAGCGCCACCUGCACGCCACCGAUGACUCGUCGGUGGAUCAGUUCUCAUCCAAGGCGGGCGAACUGAUCGAGAGCCUAACCUCCCCUUCGCAUGCCAAGAAACGCACUCGCACGCGGUCCCAUGCUGAGGACACCGAUAUUUCUGCCAACACUGUCGAGUCCACUGCCGAGAAGCGCACGCGGCGCAAGUCCAAGCGCCGCCAUGCCUAAAAGCUUAUAAAAGUAUCUUUUUCUGUUUUCUUGAGUGUCUUUUCUCUAUCUCCAAGCAUAUCGUUGCGCCACAUAUCUUGUGCACUGGACUUGUCGAGCCCAUGUAUUAGUGGAUAUGCAUGUGUAUCUUUAGAUAGUCUGAUUGCCAGCUAAACGAUUGAAGUUGGUUGUUGCUGUUGUCGCU